UUGUGGAGUUGACUACAUUGUUGCCAGGCGCACAGUCGCAUGACGAUGACGAUGCAUUUAAGAUGCAGAUGGAUUCGUCGGGUAAUCUGCGAUUCUCGCCGGCCAAGCCGGCUAACGCCAGGGCAUUAAGCAUAGGCCAAUGGACGUCAGCUUUCCACAUAUAUAUGAGCAUUUACGUGGUGAAACAUUUUUGUCAGUCCACCAUACAGGGCAUGUUGGCAUACAUGGAAACAAUCCGUAAUGCCGCAGUCCGCUCCGGGGGUUUUGGCUGGUCAAACUACGACCAGCAAUUCCGACACCGUAUGGCACGAGACCCAAUUCGGGAGUGGGGCAAGAUAGACGGUGAAUUGUGGUUGAAGCACAUGACACCGACUAUGUCCCGUGUUCAAGAAAAUAAGACUGAACGCUUUACAGUGCCUUUCAGCAGGGGCCGUGACUUUACAGUCAACGCAUGCUGGGACUACAACAGGUCAAGGUGCGCCAGGCCAGAAUGCAAGUUUAUUCAUAAAUGCUCCAAUUGUGGCGAACAACAUCCCGCCUAUUCUUGCUUUCGCGCAAAGGGGGGUCGUAGACCCUCCAAACAACUUAACUCCACACAGGCAACCCAUGCUAAAGGCACUGGCCCCAACUCCACUCAUACUCACUAGAUUAAAGCGACAUUUGCAACUGUACAAGCAUUCUAACCAUGCCCAUGCCAUUUAUUUAUUACAAGGUUUGGAAUCAGGUUUUCAACUGGAAUAUAGUGGGGCACGCCUAAGUCGUUGGUCUGAGAAUCUACGCUCAGCCAGGGAUCCCAUUUUACAAGAGAUAGUAGCUGCCAAAUUGAAAAAGGAAGUAAAAUUAGGUAGGGUGGCAGGUCCUUUUGAAACGCCGCCCCUGCUGAACCUACAAGUUUCACCCAUCGGUCUCGUACCCAAAAAGCAAACGGGUAAGAGUCAAACCUUGCUGGGGACAGACGAUUUUCGUUUAAUACACCACCUUUCUUAUCCUCAAGGCAGAUCAAUCAACGACAACAUAGACAGCGAAGCAUGCUCCGUGUCAUAUGCACGGUUCGACGAGGCUGUCAGUAUGGUACAGCAACUUGGUCCAAAUGCUCUACUUGCAAAAUUUGAUGUGAAAUCGGCUUUCAGGAUUAUGCCGGUACACCCUCAGGACUUUGAGUUGCUAGGCUUGUGCUUUCAAGGUAAAUACUACUUUGAUAAAUGCUUGCCGUUUGGCUGUUCCAUAUCAUGCUCAGUGUUUGAAAAAUUCAGCACCUUUUUGCAAUGGUGUGUCCAGCAAAAGUUGCCUAACGGCCAACUCAUGCAUUACCUUGAUGAUUUUCUCACAGGCGGAACUGCAGGAACGAAAGACUGUGGUGACAACCUUGAUACAUGUCUCAGUACUUUCCAGGAGCUGGGCGUACCCGUAGCACAUGAGAAGACAGUAGGUCCUGCAUCCUGCUUAACAUUCCUAGGUCUUGAAAUCGACACAGUCAGGAUGCAGGUUAGAAUACCACAGGAAAAGAUUGUAAAUAUCAACGCAAUCAUACACGAUAUGCUGGCCUCAGUGGGAACGAUUCCGCAAUGCAGCUCCAUCAGCCAAUCUGCAUCCCACACCACUUCCAGACAAUCUCUGGCAGGGCUAACAAUCGAGGCAGAGAGGCUCCUUCAGCGAUCAUUGGCGGCAAACACGUGGGCAACUUACCAGGCAGGAACCCAAGCGUUGCAAGCAUUCAGGGCAUCACAGGCUGGGAGAUGCCUGGCCGGUUCCAAUAACUCAUCUGGUACAUUUCAUUGCUCACCUGUCAGUGUCAGGACAUGCACCGAGUACGGUAAGAACGUAUAUGGCCGGUAUCUCAACGUACCAUAGGCUACACAGCAUGGAAGACCGCACCGGCCACUUUGUUAUUACUAAAAUGAUUACGGGGAUGCAAAAGUGUCAGGGGAAGCAGGAUCACAGAAAACCAAUAACAAUAGACCUGCUCAAAGUAAUUGUAAACAACCUGCAAUUUGUCUGCUCUUCUACCUAUGAAGUAAGAUUGUUCAAAGCAGUAUAUUGCUUGGCCUUCUUUGGUUUCUUUCGGGUGAGUGAACUCGUGCAAACCAAACUUUCUCAGCCAGGGUGCGCUUUCUUGGACCUAG